CAUCAGUGAAAGAAGGGGUCUGUAUCCAUUACCUGACACCAAUUUCACCUGCGCGCGUCAAUCAAGCCGUUUUCGUUACACAACACAUCACUUUGGUUGGUUGUUCUUUUUAAGGGAGGUAACGCAAACGGCCAUAUUGACAUCCCAUUGGAAAACACUGUGCAGCAUCGGAGUGACGCAGCUUGGAAUUCCCAAAUAUCCGAUGAUCACGACCGGAAUGCUGCAUGUAAAAUAAAAUUACGAGGACUAUCGGAGCUAAAACGGUGAAAUUGAAGUGAAAUAAGCGGGAAUACGUUGUAGUUUCUGUGCUGAGCCUCAAGGGGGCGAUGUCUGACAACAGCAGCAGCACAGGCAGCAGCCGCAGCGGAUCCUUGACCACCAGUUGGACCAUGCUGUCCCCAGAGGAAGCUGCUGAAAUUGUUGAUCCUGUGGAUGGUGGGACUGAGUGUCUUUGUGAUGUCCCUAGUCUGUCAGAGGAAGUCGCAGGGGCCACUGAAGAGUCUAAGCCGAGUGACCAGGAGACUCCAAUAGAAACAGUGUUGUCAGAGAAGGGCCAACAGGAAAUGGCUCCUGAUACCUGUGAGGGCCCUGUCCCCUCCAGACCUACCCUGUUAAGCCCAUCCCCCACUAGCGGUGUGCCCCUUGACCAUGACCUGGAGAGUCAACCUGAACCCCCCAUCAUCCAUUCUAUGGUAACCAGCUCCCCCACUGACAAUGAGCAACUCGCUGCCAUGCCCUUUGUCACUCAUGUCGACCUGGUUGUGCCAUUGGAUGCAUCCUUCACAGAACCACCCCCCUCAGAGGUUGAGCCUGAGUUGAGCCCCGUCCCUGAGAGCUCUCCUCUUGAUACCCACACUGAUACAGGCCCUGUACCUGAGAGUAUUGCCCUAGAGACUAGUGCCCCUAGUGCCAAACACGACCUAAGCAUUCACACAGAGACUCCCACCCCAACGGGCCCCCCAUCUGACACUGUCACUGAUAUUGGCCCUGCCCCUGAUAGUCCUCCUCCAGAUACCAUUGGUUCAGAGGAUGCAGCACAAGCGCCAUCACUGGAAACGGGGGAGACAGAAUUACCUGAAACCGUCACCAAUAUACCAAAGGAAAAAGAAUCUCCCAGUAGCUUUGACUUUGGAAGAGCUGACACGAGUGCUGAGGAAGGAAAUGGUCUGAGGAGGAGAAAUGUGGCACCAACAAUGACAUCGGAGGAGGAAGAUGAUGAUGAUGAGGAGGUGGAGUUCAAACUGGCAGAGAGGAAAGGGGGGAAGAAGGGCUUCUCUAUGAACACAUGCAUUGUGGCAGCCCUGGUCCUGCUCUGUCUAGGGUCCCUCUUCCUUUCCGGUUAUCCUAAGUUAAAAUCACCAGUGGCGUCAUGGUGACAUCCCUAAGCAGUUUCCUUCCUGUCCAACAGCUCAGUUCAGAAGGACGACUGCAUCUUUGAUGUGUCGGGAUGGUUUAAUACAUCAUCUACAGCAUAAUUAUUAACUUGACCAUGCUUAAAGAUAUAUUCAAUGUCUGAUUUGUUAUUGUUAUCCAGCUACCAGUCACUGCCCUUCAUGAGGCUUUCAAAAGCUCCCUCGUAUUUGUAGUUGAAUCUGUGCUUGAAAUUCAAUACUUGACUGAGGCAUUUUACAGAUGUUGUAGGGGACAAGGGAUGGAGUGGUCAUUCAAAAAUCAUGUCAGCCCCUAUUAUUCCACAUGGAGUCCAUAUAACUUAUGUGAUUUGUUAAGCCAAAGGUUUUGAGUUAUGACAUUUUUCUGAAUUUGUUUAAAAAACUUUGACAUUGACUUUUUUGUGUAGAUCAAUUUGUAACCUUUUUUUAUUAUUUAUAUAUAACACUACCAUUAAAGUUUGAGGUCACUUAGAAA